GACGGUGGCGUGGAUACGCAGGCACUUCCGGCGGCCGCGCCUGUGGGGGUGGGUUGCAGCAGCCCCUUGGUCUGUGGGUUCCUCCUCGAGUUUGGGCUGAUUGGCGUGGUGUGCCGAGGAGGCGCGGACCUGACGGCUUGGAGGCAUUCUUAUUGACUGAACAAGACAGUCAAGGUUCCUUGCCUUCAUGGAGCUUACAGUCUAGUGGGGUGACACAACAUAAACAAACAAAUAAGAUAAUUCAUAUGGGUGAUUUAUUCUGAGCUCAUACAGAAGUGGUCUCACAUCUGAAACAUGGCUACGGAUUGGCUGGGCAGUAUUGUGUCCAUCAACUGUGGAGAUAGCUUGGGUGUCUAUCAGGGAAGAGUGUCAGCAGUUGAUCAGGUCAGCCAGACCAUUUCUCUCACCCGGCCUUUCCACAAUGGAGUGAAGUGCCUUGUGCCGGAAGUCACCUUCAGGGCAGGUGACAUUAUGGAGUUAAAAAUUCUGGAGAUACCAGGUCCUGGAGAAAACCAACAUUUUGGAGACCUUCAUCAGACAGAAUUAGGCCCUUCUGGUAUUGGGUACCAAGUGGGUAUCAAUCAGAAUGGCACAGGCAGGUUGGUCAAGAAGCCAACCUCUUCCAGCAGUGCCCCUCAAAACAUCCCUAAGAGGACAGAUGUGAAGAGCCAGGAUGCUGCCGUUUCCCCGCAGCAGCAGCUGUGUUCCAAGAGCUAUGUGGACAGGCACGUGGAGCCUUUGAGUCAGUCCAAAAGUUUCCGUCGUCGGCACAAUUCUUGGUCAUCUAGUAGCAGGCACCCAAAUCAGGCAACUCCAAAGAAAAGUGGUUUAAAGAAUGGCCAAAUGAAGAAUAAAGAUGACGAGUGCUUUGGGGAUGAUAUUGAAGAGAUCCCAGACACAGAUUUUGAUUUUGAAGGGAACCUAGCCCUAUUUGACAAGGCAGCUGUGUUUGAGGAGAUUGAUACAUAUGAGAGGAGAAGUGGUACCCGUUCCAGGGGUAUCCCAAAUGAAAGGCCUACUCGGUACCGCCACGAUGAGAACAUCCUGGAGUCAGAGCCCAUAGUCUACCGACGGAUCACAGUGCCCCACAAUGUGAGCAAGGAGUUCUGCACAGACUCUGGCUUGGUUGUCCCAAGUGUUUCCUAUGAGCUACAUAAAAAGCUGUUGUCUGUGGCUGAAAAGCAUGGGUUGACUCUGGAGCGGAGACUGGAGAUGACAGGCGUGUGCGCCAGUCAGAUGGCACUGACUCUACUUGGAGGACCCAACAGGUUGAAUCCCAAAAAUGUUCACCAGAGGCCUACAGUAGCUUUGUUAUGUGGGCCCCAUGUGAAGGGGGCUCAGGGUAUCAGCUGUGGAAGGCACCUAGCCAACCAUGAUGUCCAGGUGAUCCUCUUCCUGCCCAACUUUGUCAAGAUGCUCGAGUCCAUCACCAAUGAGUUGUCUCUCUUCAGCAAGACCCAAGGCCAACAAGUGUCUAGUCUCAAAGAUCUGCCCACUAGUCCCGUGGACCUGGUGAUCAACUGUCUGGAUUGUCCCGAGAACGCCUUCUUGCGGGAUCAGCCCUGGUACAAGGCAGCUGUGGCUUGGGCCAACCAGAACCGGGCACCAGUACUCAGCAUAGAUCCUCCAGUGCAUGAAGUCGAACAGGGCAUUGAUGCCAAGUGGUCACUGGCUCUGGGCCUGCCUCUCCCGCUAGGAGAGCAUGCGGGACGCGUCUAUUUGUGCGACAUUGGCAUUCCCCAACAGGUAUUUCAGGAGGUGGGGAUCAACUACCACUCACCCUUUGGCUGCAAGUUUGUAAUCCCACUACACUCUGCCUAGAGGGACUCUGGACAGGCUGGACCCGGUAGUCCCCUGCUGCUCCUGACAUUGAACUAGACAACGAAUGCCUUAAGAGGAUGUGAAGCUUCAUGGACCUUAUUGUUAAAAUUUUCUCUUUUGGAUUUGUUUCUCCUGUGAGAGGACAGAUCAUAUAUAUUUUUUCUUUUGAGAA